GAUUUGGGUGAAAGGCUUGAAAAGUCACCGCUUUGUCGAGCUUUUCCAGUUCUGCUGAAUUUGUUGAUCCCAGCCUGUUUGGGCUUUGGGAUAUGUAAGCUUUGCUAAGAGCUGCCAUUCAAGACAGAAGAGAAGCUGCAGUGGUUCUUGGCUUUCGGCAUUAGUCUCCGGACCCGUUCUCGUUUUAUACUCGGCCCAUGAUUGUGAUUCGGAAAUCCUUUUCGCAUGGGCCGGAUGAGGCUUUAAGGUCCUCUAUAGGUCCUCACGGAGGGUGUUGAAUUUUAUAAGGCCAUAAGGCCAUCUGUUUUUCAUUGUUUUUCAGUAGUAUGCAUUGUUGAACAAUUGCCGCUCAGAGCUUUGACAGAGGCUGGUGGAUUAUUGCCCCAUUCCACCGCGAGAUGUAGCGAAGCUGAAGCAACGCAAGAGCAAUGGUUGCUGUCAAAGUCAAACUCUUUGACAACUUUGGUGCCAAAACUGGAAGAUAAGGAGCCUGAAUGCAAGACUGGUUCGGUUAAGAAUGCUUGAGAGGGAGCUGUUUAGUGUUUGACGUCCUGGUAGCUUGCAACGGCCGUUUUCUGACUGUACAGGUCAAAAAAUAUAAGUAUGAUGAGAAGUGGAGAGGCGCCGGAACUAUCUGCAACAAGCACACCCAAUUUACAUCCUUACAUCACUUUGCUGCCAGGGACAGCCAAAAAGAUGACAUUAAAGAGCUGUCACACUCUGACAUGACACGCAGUGUUGAGAGAUCAUGGCAUAUGGGCAUCUGCCGAAAGAAGCUAGCAGCUGUGCCAAUGCGCCUCCAUGACAUGUGACUGGUCAUUUGGUACUUUUGCCAGAACCAUGACUGUUCCAUACAAUAACCCGGCCAAGCCGAUCGACACUCAAGUUUGAUCGUCACCAAGUGAUGUGUUCCGCAAUUGGGACCUCCGCUGAUGUGUCCGCGUUUGUUUCUGUAGCCAGCAAGCCCCACCUCGCAGUACUUUGUACAAAUAACAUAGCCAAGCGUCACCCGUGCCAGUGAAUUAUUUUGAUCCAUAUCGACACUACAGUACCUGAUUCAAACGGUUAAUGCUGCUACCAAUAGGGCAUCACAAAGAAAAUGCCGCUACAAAUGGGGCAGCAAGUGGUUCAAUUGCUACGAAUGUUCCCUACACAUUGGAGCAGCCAUGACGGCGCCUUCUAAGCAUUUGCUCUCCACAAUUUAGAUAAUCACACGAAGCACAGCCGCAGGCAAUCAUGCAGAAUCCUGCGCAGUCACUAUCUCUGACGUCUUCACAACCAGGUUCCGGAGAUCUAUACAAUUGGAGCGGCUUGAAUGUUGAGUCUUCAUAGUCCAGCAAAGCUCGAAGUAGUCUUUCACCAUCACCAUCUCUGCAGUCAUUGAAGUCUUCGUGCCCAACCUGAAGACAUCUUACGGGGUUCAGAGUGGUUUGACCCACUCCCCAAAACACUUUGUGGCUCUGUGAGCGUGAAAGUGGAGGCUCAGCUCGGCCCGGUCGAGUUGGUUCUUGUAACUUCUGGCAGCCAAGAGAACUGCCAGGUACUUGGUUGUAGGGUGUUGGCAUGUGGAUGCAAUGUGAAGUCAUCGCCGGAAACAGCUUCCUGUGUUUCAAGUGUUUCAUGUGGGUUGGUCGGGGGAAGUUUAGGUUGCGCAUGAAGCGUGCCUUGGGUCAUGAAAAUUAUCUGAGAAACUGCAGCAUAGUCCUGGAAAUUCGUGUGGAACACGGCUCUUCUGGCCGCUAUAGCUUCUGAACCAGGGAUUGGAACCAGGGAUUGUGGUCGAACCCUGUAGUUCGAGCCUCAGAGCUGCUACGCUGCUACAAUCUGUGCCUGCAACACAAGGAAACCUCUCUUUGCAAACCUAUCAGUGAGCUUUGCAGAGCCUGCGUUUGGACGCUGCCACCAGCACAUAGCUCUAUACCCAAUUUAUAUCAGUUUACUUACCUCUAAAUAUCAGGCAGCAGUGAGAAGGGUGGAAACCCAUUGGCGGAGACAGUGGGCAGCUUCCCCACGUUCCACUGACCGCAGUGUCGGUGUAUAUUUGACGUCUAACCUCCCAGAUGCGUCCGUUCUCCAGAUACCACCGUCUUGGCUGAAGGCUCUGCCAAGUUGGGAAGACUGUCCGUUGUCCAUGCACUUCCUGUGCGUUCGCCAGAGUCGAAUCGGUGCCCGAAACAAAGGCACAGCGGCACGGCAGGGCUUGGUCCCAUGAGUUUGUUGUCGCACUUUUUCAAUUUGCGCAGAUCUUGUAAGUGCAUGCAGGAUUGCCUUUCACCUCCGUUCUUGUUUUCAAUUUCCGGAAGAUAUCCAAUGUUUGCUGCUUGCAAGGUCCAUCAAGCAUAGCUCAAGAAUCUCGAUUCGUGGAGGUUUGAAAUUAAUGAUUGCCUAAUAUGCGGUCCUUCCUUUGAGUCUGGAUGUAGCAGACUGUUGAAAGGAUUGAUUUCAUGCCGAUGCUAGCGCAGCUCCGUGGCAUAGGGUCGCCGGCGCCCGCUGCUUCUUGGCUUUGCCCACAUCCUUCAAGAGCUUCUGAUGCUCAAUUGGCCCGUUGCAGCAGGGGAAUUCUCCCGAUUCCUUAAGAAAGGUGGCGUGCGUGGCUUGCUUGGCCAAUGCCAUCAUCCACGGAUGUUGUGGGUGAAGUGCGGAGCAAGAGUGUGAUCAAAAAAAAGCCAAAACCAUCGUGCUGUUUUGCCGCAGUACCCCAGGACUCUUAUCCGAACCCCUGUGCAGAGUGAACGGCGGCACUUGGAAUCUCUACAGCGACAUUGCAGCCUGAUUCCACGGCGAGGUGACCGUCCAAGGUUUCAGGUGGUUCGCCAUGAUCGCCACGAUUCAGACCCGCCGAGGUGAUGCAGCGGCGUCAUGCGAACAGCAUCCAGCAAGAGGAAAACAGGGUCGGGCUGCUUUAUGGACAUGGCGGUUGCAAAGCGUGUGAGGUCUUGACUUUAAGUGAUCUUGAGCAGACCCUGAAUGUUACAGAGGUACACUAUUGCUCCUGGCUGGAAGAUGUGGCCUUUCAAAGAAAAUCGGCCGAGUACCUGUGGAUGCUGGUCUGUAGCGCAGGUAUGAUUGUGGUGCUGGCCUACUUGUUUGGGAGCCAGUACUUUGUGAGUGGAGCACUGAUUGACCUCAUGACAUAUCUCGGGGCCAGCGGACUCCAACGGCAAGAAUGCAGGUGCUGUUUUUCACCAUCCGCACGCCCUGUUUGCCCUGGGUCUCUCUCUCUGGAUAUCCCUUCUGAUGGGAGGACCACCUUCUUGGACUCGUGGUGGGUCAUACCUACUUCUUCUUCGAGGACGUUUUCUUUUUCGAGGCAAUCAAGUUGCCUUACGAUCCGAGGCAGGACUUCGUAAUGGUGGAAAUCCGGCAAGUCCACCUGCCACUACACUUAGGGUUCGGGGAUGAUUGGGUUGGCA